AUGAGGCGGUCUAAAGAUCUAGACGGUACUGAUCUCGAACGGCAAUUGGAGCAUCCCAGAAACGAGGCUCUGUCGGAGAAGUCGAUCAUCGCCGACGACCCAGAAGACCGUAGAGGACCAGAGGCCCAGAAACCCGAUGAUAUUCCUCCUGACGGCGGGUAUGGAUGGGUCGUUGUGGCAUGCGUGUCACUUGUGAAUGCGCAUACUUGGGGGAUUAACAGUUCUUAUGGUGUCUUUUUAGCCCACUAUUUGGCACACAACACAUUCCCAGGCGCAUCGGCUCUCGAAUAUGCCUUCAUUGGCGGGUUAUCAAUCUCAAUGGCCUUGAUCAUCGCCCCUCUAGCAACUGUCUGUGUUGGACGAUUCGGGACUCAAUUCACCCUGAGCAUUGGAAUCUUCCUUGAGACCGCAGGUCUGCUAGGCGCGUCAUGGGCUUGGGAAAUUUGGCAUCUCUUCCUCUCCCAAGGUCUUGCAUUUGGUUUCGGAAUGGGCUUCCUUUUCGUUGCAAGUGUAGGACUAAUUCCCCAGUGGUUCAGCAAACAUCGUUCAUUCGCCAACAGUAUUGCAGCAGCUGGUAGCGGCAUUGGAGGCUUGAUCUAUUCCCUAGCUACGAAUGCCAUGAUCCAAUCCAUCGGUCUAGGAUGGGCGUUCCGUAUCUUGGCGAUCAUCUCUUGCUUCUUUAACAUUUUGUGCACGAUCCUCAUCAGAGAUCGAAAUAAGUUGGUUGGCUCAGUCCAAAUGGCUUUCGAUGUGAAAUUAUUCAAGCGAGUCGAAUUUCUGCUCUUGCUUGGCUGGGGAUUCUUCUCGAUGCUAGGUUAUAUUGUGCUUCUUUUCUCGCUACCGAGUUACGCUCGAAGCGUUGGACUUACGGCCAGUCAGGGAUCUGUCAUAGGUGCAUUGCUUAAUCUUGGUCAAGGCCUCGGACGACCCUUUGUUGGAUACUUUAGCGAUUCAUUUGGCCGCAUCAACAUGGCAGGCACUUGUACUUUCCUAGCAGGCUUCUUCAGCCUCGUAAUUUGGAUAUUCGCAACAAGCUAUGGCGUUCUGAUAUUCUUCGCUAUUAUCGUAGGUACAGUUGCUGGAACUUUUUGGACAACUAUCGGCCCCGUCGGAGCAGAAGUCGUCGGAAUUAAGAUUCUCAAUUCUGCUUUAUCAAUUGUUUGGCUAGUACUCGUCCUCCCCUGCACAUUCUCCGAACCCAUCGGUCUAGAACUGCGGCAAGACAGCGGUAACAUUUACUUGCACGCACAAUUGUUUACCGGUUUCAUGUACAUUGGAGCCGCGCUCUGUAUGUGGUUCUUGAGAGCAUGGAAGAUCCAGGAGUUGAGCAGGUUGAGGGAAAGUAAAGAACAGAGUGAACCAGCAACUAGAGAUGACGAUACUGUCGUCCGGCCUGCUCUCUCGAGGCAUGCAAGCCGGAUAAGCGUGAAGAAUAGUGUCAAGGCCGCCAAAGGACUUUGGUCAUGGCAACGUGUUUAGCGAUGAACUUAAAACUUUCAUACUUCACACACGCGAGGUCUUGUGUAAAAAUACUCUCCAACCCUCUUACGUGAACGCUCUCGUCACAAUUAUCUCAUUUCCACCACCCUGGGUUCUACCUCACGACCGUUCACUAUGAUCCAUCUCACUAUCAGAAAUAUGGGCCUAUUCCUCCCACCUCCCACCCUUAAACUCCACAUCACAAUUCUUCGCAAAGACCGGCAGGCCUCCUGCUAUAGAGACAUAUAGAGGAUAUUUCGCACUCUGAGCGUUGAUGAGCUUCAGGAAAGUGGCUGCCCGAAGCGGGAAAAGGAGAGAAGAGAGGAGACUUCGUUGGCAAGAUGCCUGGCAAGGAGAGGGGCGAAGGAGAAGGUCAUGCUGCUAUACCUGGAAGAACUUUCAAGGUUUUCACAGCGAGUGGAAAGGUAUUACCUGAAUGGACGAAAAGCCUGGGAGGAAAGCAUCUGGAUCAUGUCAGACCACUAUUGUCUCAAGCUUGAAGAAGCUUGAAGGAAGCCUAGUAGCUACUCACGAUGCUGCACCACGUCUGUGAUCCUGCGUCAGCCGUCUCGCUGAGAUUUCCGGAAAUGGAUCAUUCUCCUCCAAACAUGAUGUUCGUCAAGGCACUGCGCCCAACAUUUUGGACGAGGAGAUGAACGAGAUGUGAUCCUCGGGUUCAAUAGACGGUGCUUGGAGGUAGAUACUAUUCAGACCUCUCAUAAUGAGAUUGUGGGUAAGGGUCAUUAUGCCCGCCUCUGUACAGUAGAAAUAUUAUACAGGCGUGAGAAGAAUGGCACCGCACAGGAGCUUUUGCCCACUAAGAGAAAAUUACGAACCUUUUAGAAAUGGAUGAUAUGGGUUCUACCCGUAGUAUGUGUACAAUGUACUGUCAUCAAGGGAAGACUUAUAGAUGUCUUUGCAGCCUCAGCUGGGGUUGCAAUCAAGUUGAAAGGCUGGAUUUAAGGCGUCCUCGGGCUUUCAAGCUAGACGUUAUAGCGAAGGGUGCCUAGCUAUUGAUCUGACGAAAGGAACUGCAGCCUUGGUAGUCUCGAAACUGGUUGGAUAGAGGAGAUAAGUAUUACAGAUAUUUCUAUCGUUUGAAGACCUGAUCUGUAACGUACAGAGGAGAGCAAAUAGAGAAUGCAAUGCGUUGAUACACGUUUCUAGCUUUAGCAGGUUCCGACUAUCAGCAUCCACCUUAGAUGGCCAUGGCUUGCAACGAGUGUGGGUGGAGUAUUUAAGCGCAAGUCUGGAGACACUCGAAACAUGCUGCCUUGAACUUCAGAUUCCAUCCCGCCGAGAGUGUUAUGGCGUUAUUACAAAGUACGUUGGAUCGUUCGUUGCCAGUCUCUGUGUCUGUUCUGGAAACCCAUGGAGCAUUGUUGGUUAGCUCGUGAGAUUGGUGC